CAAGAAGUCCGUCACAGCAUUACGUUCACGAGGAAUAUUAUAUGAUAUCUUUUUAAUAGUAUUGUUCUUUAGUUGGCAAAUUAGACAUCUUAAGCAAUUUGAUUGGCCAAAAUAGUUUUACACUCAGAGACCUUUCAACUUCAGCGCUUCUGCGCUUAGGUAUCACUUUGCAAUAUCGUCCCUAGAGUUGCAGGGGAAACAAUACUUCAACAAAGUUAAAAAUCAAUUUUAGUUGCAAGAUGGCAUCUUCUUCAAGGCCAGUGAAGGGAAUGAAAAGAGAGAGCACAGAGGAGCCAAACUGGCUUGAACUUCCUGCAGAAUUGACUGCAAAGAUUCUGCUCAAGCUUGGUAUCAUUGAAAUUCUGACCAGUGCUCGUCUAGUGUGCCCUUUAUGGUGGAAAAUCUGCAAGGACCCUCUCAUGUGGCGCACUAUUGACUUGACGAACUGUUUGUGGUGGGACUCCAACUACCCACACAAUGAGUUGGUCAACUGUUGUCUCAAGGCCAUUGAACGAAGUUGUGGUCAUUUGGAAGACAUAAGUAUUAAGUAUUUUGGCAACAAUCAAAUUCUCAAAUGCAUAGCUUAUAGCACAAGUCACCUACGACGGAUGAGACUUUUAAGAUGCACGGCAGUUUCAGAUAAAGGAUUAAUGAAAGUUGUAAGGAUGCUUCCACUAUUGGAGGAGUUUGAAAUUUCAUUCAAUAGCCUAUCAAAGAAUACUUUGGAACUUAUUGGCCAAUGUUGCCCACUUUUGAAAGUGUUCAAAUUUAACAUCCAGGAAAAGAAAACACUUAAGUGUGAUGAUGAGGCAUAUGCUAUUGCAAAAACCAUGCCUGAGCUGCGUCAUCUCCAACUUUUGGGAAACAGACUCACUAAUGAUGGCUUGCUUGCUAUUCUUGACGGAUGCCCUUAUAUUGAAUCUCUUGAUCUGCGUGCUUGUUCUAAUGUCGAUUUGAGUGGAAGUUUGGGGGGAAGGCUUUGUGAUCAGAUUAGAGAUAUAUAUUUUCCAGAAGACAUAAGUGAUGAAGUUCUCACCUAUGUUGACGAUUAAUGAUGAUGGUAAAGUGCAUGUUUGGUAGCGCAUUUGGAAUCCACGUUAAACCUUAAAAUCACGUCAAUACAUGAGCUACAAUGUGGAGCUUCUCUACUAACGUGCUUUGGAGAGUGUGCAACACAGCCAAACUUAUGAACGUGAAGUAUGGGGCAUAUGGUGAGAAUGCUGAGGCUGACUAUUAUGGUCCAUUUAUUUUUUAAUUGGUCCUAUUUUCUUCAGAUUUAUUCUCACCUGGUACUAUUCUAAAGACUAAAUGGCUUAUUUUUUGUUUUUCUUCUAAAUUCCAUGGUUCUUUUACUUUUGUAGAAUCCUAGAAUUCAGACUAGAGUGGUUCACAUCUUUGGUUACCAAUGUUAUUUUGUUUACUGGUUAGAAUUCCAUGUACCUUCUUGAUGCCUUUGGUCUUUGGAAUAUUUUUAAUCCAUUCCUCUGUAUUUAAUUUUCUGGUGCUUGUAUUGCCGACGAGAAAAUGUGCCACAUAUCCUAGUUAGGAAAAAAUUACUUUAGACUUGUCUUCUGUGCUUGUAUUUUGAAUAUUUCAUGGUUGUCACAAAGUUAUCAAAGAUAAAGCUCCUCCUGAUGGAGUGGAUGAUAUGACUAAGUUGUUCUAUUUGCAUGAGAAUAGAGUCUUGCAGAACUUACAGAUUAGAUAUGAGUUGAAU